AUGGGGCUGCAUCAGGGCUUGGUCGAUGGCGCCGCUACCCUCGCGACGCUCACGGCCCAGCAGCUCGAAGAGUUUUGCAGCAUGCUGCCUCUUGUUGCGGCGCCAGCGACGGCCGAGAAGAAGCUCAAGCGCAAGCUCACGCGUCAUGCCUCGCAGUACGGAUGGAGCGCGAUCGACUUGGAGAAAGCCACGGCGAGCCUGUGCGUCAUUCUCGCCGACGCCGCCAAGCGAGGCAGCUCUGUCCAAGAGCUUGUCACGUCACUGACGGAGCUGCGCCUGUCGCAAGACCAUCUAGGCGUGCUCGCAGCCUAUUACGAGGCCCAGCGAGAGGCGAUCAAGGCUGCGACCGCGUGGAACCCGUCGCUCGACGUACCUGCAUACCACAAUCUCUCUUGGCGCCUCGAUAUGGAGGUCGGGACGCGCCUGCUGCACCACAAGGCGUCGCCCGCACUGUCGCUGUCGCUCGAGACCCUUGGGGCGCACGGCGCGGUUGCUUCGCGCACCUUGGCGACCGACUAUGCCAUCUUGCGCGCCUUGCAUGUGUCACUCAAGGAAGCGCUCAAGGAAGCCCAGUCGACGCACUGCAGCCGCGUUCAGCGCUACUUGCAGUGAGACCUCCUCUGGAGUUGACUCGGUC